CCCUAAACCCUUCAGACCUGACAACAGAAAACCCCCUCUUCACAUUCUGCUCCUCAACUUCAAGUACUUCAGAAACCCAAAUUUCCCCCGUCAAUUUUAGGUUUGUAUACUUGAUAGAAGCGAUAACGAAAUGUCGAUGGACGGAAGUUUUCGGUUGAAUUUGGAGUUGGAGAGGUUAAUUGCCCGUUGUCCGAAGCUCGGUAAUGAAGCUCGUUUCAGUUCUCUGCUAGAAAAGGGAAAUGAGAUGGAGGAGGAACAAGUGGUGGAUGCUUUGUCGACGGUAUUAUUGCAUCCCAGCUACACAAUACCUGUAAUGGGUUGUUUUCGCCCAAUCGCUAAGAAAAUUGUGGACCGUGUUGUGGGAUUGUUAAAACUGGUACCAAAUUUGAGGUUUAAUUAUCCCGGGGGAGUGGUAAAUUCUAAGGAAGAAAUGUUUUUUGUGGAUUGUGAAGAACUUGAUGGAGUAGAACUGCUUGGAGUGAUUGAGGCAUAUUGUAGAUGUGGGAGGUUUUUGGAUCUUCAUGAAGUUGCAAAUAUGGCCUUUUGUCGAAUUCUUGAUCUUGCGCCUUUUUUGAAUGGUGCAAUAGAAUGCUAUUAUGAAUUUGGCGGACCACCAUUUUAUCGUAUUAUUGAGGUGGCAUUCAAUUUGAAGGUGAAAACAGAGCCAGCUGCAAGGCAUCUGCGGAAUCUUGUUUGGACCUCUUACCGUCUACUUCUUUUAGACCCUGAGUAUUUUUCAAGCCGUUGGAAUUGGUGCUGUAUUUUGGAUCUGGUACACCAGUCUGCAAAUUUUGAUGCUUGUUAUAAUACUGAGCUCACUAGAGAUAUAAGAUGGUGUGGAGUUCAGAUACUGUGUGUCCUUCUGAGGUUACCAAGUAGAACUUCUGUACUUGGUAUGGGUCCUGUGGAAGUCUUACCAUGUUUGUUGCGGUGGCACGAGUUCUGUUGGGAUGUAUCAAUAGAAAAGGCUGGCUGGUUCAUUUCCAAGAAAGAAGCUCCUGACUUGUCAGAUGGGGAUGCUGGUUUUAGUGGUGGAGAGGCUAUUCGUUUGUUGAAGCUUUUUGAAAACGAACCUAAAAGUUUUACAAAGAGGCUGCAAAGGGACUGCGACCCUUUUCUUCUGACAUCGUCAAUAAAGAGCAGUUUUGAAAGGGUCAUCUUAGCUGUAAAUCAGAAAUGGCCUGUUCUGCUGUAUGGUCCACCUGGUUGUGGGAAGACUGCUCUUGUUAGCAAAUUAGCUCAGGAACUUGGAAACCAAGUGCUUUCAAUUCAUAUGGAUGAGCAAAUUGAUGGGAGGACAUUGGUUGGAGGUUAUGUCUGUACAGAGCAGCCUGGCGAGUUCCGAUGGCAACCAGGUCCACUGACUCAGGCAAUUAAAAACGGUUUCUGGGUUGUUUUUGAAAACAUAGAUCAAGCAGCUUCGGAUGUCCAGUCUAUAUUAUUGCCUCUUCUGGAGGGUGGAAGUUCUUUUCUAACUGGUUUUGGAGAGGGUAUUAGAGUGGCAGAAGGUUUUCGAAUAUUUUCUACCAUCUCAACUGCCAAGGCUGAUAUAUGCUGCCAACAAGGUAGAAAUACUUUAUCUGCUCUUUGGAGGCGAGUGAUGGUCAGGUCAGCGGCUAGCACGGACUUGUCAAAUAUAGUGUCAGCAUGGUACCCGGUUUUGGAGCCUAUAGCUUGGAAGCUUACAGAAACCUUUGAAGCACUUAAUGGAGAUUCUGAAUUUCUUGGACCUGGUAGCAAGCAUUCCUCCAGCAGGUUCUCGCUGAGGGAUCUUCUGAAGUGGUGUAAAAGAAUUGCUGGUUCAGGUUUAAGCUUCAGCACAGAUUGUCUGUCAGCUGAUUUGCGUAGUAGGAUUUAUCUGGAGGCUGUCGAUGUAUUUGCUGUUAAUGCUGCUUCACCAGUUAACCGGUUGAAUAUUGUAAGGAACAUAGCGAAGAUGUGGGCAGUGCCUGUCCCAGAAGCAGAGGCCAUAUACUGUCUUAACAGACCUGUGCUUGAGGAUUCUGCCGGAGAUGUACAUAUUGGAAGAGUCACUCUGCAAAAAAAUCUGCAUAGAGAUGAAGAUGCUUUUAUCCAUGAAAAGAAACCCUUCGUGGAAAUACGCAGUUCUUCUAAUGUACUGGAGAGAAUAGCUUGUGCUGUUAAAUGGAAUGAGGCAGUUCUUCUUGUUGGUGAAACUGGUACCGGAAAGACUACGCUUGUGCAGAAUCUGGCAACAAGAAUUGGUCAAAAGCUUACUGUUCUGAACCUAAGUCAGCAGAGUGAUGUAGCUGACUUGUUGGGGGGUUUUAGACCAAUGGAUCCUCAAUAUAUUUGCGUACCUCUGUACAAGGAACUUGAGAUCUUGUUCUCGGAUACAUUCUCUGUAAAGGGUAAUCCAGGUUUUCUUCCUAAAUUGAAUAAGUUUGUGAUCGACAAGAAUUGGAAAUCAGUAUUGAAAAUGUUUCAGAAUGCUAUACAAAAAGUGGAUGUAAUAAAGAGUUUUAGGCCUGGAUCAAAGCGAAAGAGACCUCUGGACAAAAGAAUUUUGGGGCUCUGGGAAAUUUUUUCUCAGAAAGUGGAUAUCGCACGCAAACAGCUUGCUUCCUCAUCAGGAAUGGUAUUUUCAUUUGUUGAAGGAGCCUUUGUUACAGCACUUAGAAAUGGUGAGUGGAUUUUGCUAGAUGAAGUUAAUUUAGCUCCCCCCGAGACAUUGCAGAGAAUCAUUGGUGUCCUUGAUGGGGAGAGUGGUUCACUAUGUUUAGCAGAAAAUGGUGUUGUUGUGGAUAGAAACGAGAACUUCCGCAUGUUUGCCUGUAUGAAUCCAGCAACUGAUGCUGGAAAACGGGAUUUGCCAUAUUCACUGCGGAGUAGAUUUACAGAAUACUUUGUAGAUGAUGUCUUGGAAGAUGAGGACUUGACUCUCUUUGUUAAUCAGUUUCUUGAUGAUCAGCACACAGACAAAGAUUUAGUAAAUAAGAUAGUACGGUUUUAUAAGAUGGCUAAGAGGGAAUCUGAGGAAAAGCUGCAGGAUGGGGCCAACCAGAAGCCUCAAUAUAGUUUGAGGUCCCUGUAUCGGUCUUUAGAAUACGUAAGAAAAGCAAGGAAGUUAGGUUUUAAGAGAGCACUGUAUGAUGGAUUUUGUAUGUUCUUCGUGACUUUAUUGGAGGAUCGCAGUGCUGAAUUGAUGAAUGAAAGGAUUGUUUCAUUCUUGCUUGGAGACCCUAAACAACUACCACCACCCAUACCUCUGGAGCAACUGUUAAACAUCAGAGAAAGUCCUGGAUCCGAACAGUUUUUGAGAGAAUACAUAAUAACUAAAAGUGUUGAGGAGCAUUUAAUGAGCUUGGCUCGCGCUGUAUACAUAAAAAGGUAUCCUGUUCUCUUACAGGGUCCGACUUCUAGUGGAAAGACAAGUCUUGUACAAUAUCUUGCUGCAAAAACUGGCCAUGAGUUUGUCCGUAUAAAUAAUCACGAACAUACUGAUCUCCAAGAAUAUUUAGGAUCAUAUAUUACUGAUGCCAAUGGGAGACUUGUAUUUCAUGAAGGUGUGUUGGUUAAGGCUGUUCGCUAUGGACACUGGAUUGUCUUGGAUGAGCUUAAUCUUGCGCCUUCUGAUGUAUUAGAAGCAUUAAAUCGACUGCUAGAUGAUAAUAGAGAACUUUUUGUGCCAGAACUGCGCGAAACUGUGCGUGCUCAUCCAAAUUUUAUGCUUUUUGCAACUCAAAAUCCUCCUACUUUCUAUGGUGGUCGUAAGAUGCUUUCACGUGCAUUUCGCAACCGUUUUGUUGAAAUACAUGUUGAUGAUAUCCCGGAGGAUGAGUUGAUUGAUAUAUUAGAGAAAAAAUGCUAUAUUCCUCGCAGUUACGCGAUUAAAAUGAUUGAAGUAAUGAAGGAACUGCAGUUGCGGAGGCAGAAGAGCAAAGUGUUUGCUGGAAAACAUGGAUUUAUAACUCCACGAGAUUUGUUUCGAUGGGCUAAUCGUUUCAGUAAAUAUGGAAUAUCGUACGAAGACUUAGCCAGAGAUGGCUAUUUCCUUUUGGCCGAGAGGCUUAGGGAAGAGAUUGAGAAGAAUAUUGUGCAGGAAGUUCUGGAGAAGCAUCUACGUGUUAAACUCAAGAAAGAUGAGCUGUAUAAACAGGGAUCUGUUGAGGCAAACUACUUUCAGGAAAAUGUUGGAAAUAUUGUUUGGACCAAAAGUAUGCGGAGGCUUUACUUCCUUAUUGAACGGUGUUAUCAGUUAAAAGAGCCAGUACUUCUUAUAGGGGAAACCGGUGGUGGAAAGACAACCGUGUGCCAGCUACUAAGCAUGGCUUUGGGUGCAAAAUUACAUAUCUUAAAUUGUCAUCAGUACACAGAAACAUCUGAUUUUAUUGGGGGAUUCUAUCCAGUUCGUGAGAGGUCAAGAUUAGCAUCAGAUUUUAAGAAUCUGAUUGAACAGCUUGAAUUUUCAGAGGCUAUGAUCAAUUUUGAUAUUAAACUUUCCACAGAUAUCGGCAAAGCUCCUUCUACUCUUAAGCAACUUGGAGAAAUUUUGGAUAGUUGUAAACAUGAUCUUGGUUCUUUGGAGAAAAUGAAAUGGGAGUUGUCUCAGCUGUAUAAGCUAUGGCAAACAAUUUUUGUAUGGCAAGAUGGACCACUAGUGCAAGCUAUGAAGAAUGGGGAUUUACUUCUUGUAGACGAGAUCUCUUUGGCUGAUGAUAGUGUGCUGGAACGGUUGAAUAGUGUGCUCGAGCCAGAUAGGAAGUUGUCUUUGGCUGAGAAAGGAGGACCUAAUUUAGAGACUAUUGCAGCUCAUGAAGAUUUUUUUCUUCUCGCUACAAUGAAUCCUGGUGGGGAUUAUGGUAAGAAAGAAUUAUCUCCAGCACUCCGGAAUAGGUUCACUGAGAUAUGGGUGCCCCCUGUUGAUGAGCUGGAUGAGUUGAGAGGGAUCGCUAAAAGGUUCCUAAGUCCCAAGCUCCAUGUAUUUGUGAACCCUCUUCUAAAUUUCUGGGAGUGGUUCAAUCAGAUACAAGCAGGAAGAAUGCUUACUGUUAGAGACCUUCUUGCUUGGUUGGAGUUUGUUUCAAAGACAGAGCAGAGCUUACAUCCUAAUUUUGCGUUUUUGCAUGGGGCAUUCCUUGUUUUGCUUGAUGGAUUAAGCUUGGGCACUGGUAUAUCAAAGAACGAAGCUGCUGAAGUCAGGGACAAAUGCCUUGCCUUUCUUGUGAAGCAAAUUAAGGAAGAUGAUUCCUCUGUGGCUGAUUCAGAACUACUUCUAAUGGAAAAUUAUGGAUGGACUGAUGUAAGUGGGGCUGUGGAUAAUUUAGUAACAGAGGAAAUGCAAUGUGAUAACCUCUUUGGGAUUCAUCCAUUUUAUAUUGAGAAAGGUGGUGCUCAUCCGGAAGAUAGUGGAUUCGAGUUCUUCUCUCCUACCACACAUCGAAAUGUCUUGCGAGUCUUGCGUGCUAUGCAACUAUCAAAGCCUGUGUUGUUGGAAGGUAGUCCUGGCGUGGGAAAAACAAGUCUAAUUGCAGCCGUUGGAAAGUUUUCGGGCCACAAGGUUGUCCGUAUCAACCUGUCUGAACAGACUGAUAUUAUGGACCUACUGGGUUCAGACUUGCCUAUUGAGAGUGACGAAGGGUUGCAAUUUGCUUGGUCUGAUGGAAUUUUACUACAGGCUUUAAAGGAGGGAUCGUGGGUUUUGCUGGAUGAGAUCAACUUGGCUCAGCAAUCUGUUUUGGAGGGGCUGAAUUCUAUUUUGGACCAUAGAGCUGAGGUUUUUAUUCCAGAGUUGGGCCAAUGUUUCAAGUGUCCAUCAACUUUCCGGGUUUUUGCUUGUCAGAACCCUUCUUGUCAGGGUGGUGGUCGGAAGGGUCUUCCAAAAUCGUUUCUUAAUAGGUUUACAAAGGUUUAUGUCGACGAGUUAGGUGAACAUGAUUACCACUACAUAUGCCGUACGAAAAUCCCUGAGUCCAUACUUAUGCGACUGGUUACAUUUAAUAAAAGAUUGUAUGAAGAGACUAUGGUAAAUCAUAAGUUUGCGCAGCAGGGAUCUCCAUGGGAAUUCAAUUUGCGUGACAUCAAUCGCUCCUGUCAGAUAAUUCAAGGUUCGUCUCGAAAUACUAAGAAUGAUUGCUUCUUAAAUGUUGUUUAUGUGCAAAGAAUGCGAACUGCUGCCGAUCGGAAGGAGGUAUUGCGACUGUAUGAAGAAGUUUUUGGAAAAAAGCCUUCUAUAAACCCAUAUCCGCGAGUACAAAUGGAUGAUCACUUUUUGGUAGUUGGGAAUACUCGAAUAAAAAGGAACCGUUUUCAGUCGAUCAAGAGUAUUGGAAGCGAGCUCAAGAUCUUCCCUGGUAUGCGGAAUACAUUGGAAGCUUUGGCACAAUGUGUACAGCAUAAUUGGCUAGCUAUUUUAGUUGGGCCAACAUCUUCGGGCAAGACAUCACUGAUAAGGCUUCUCGCACAACUUACUGGAAAUGUGCUUAAUGAAAUCAAUCUUUCAUCAGCUACUGAUAUAUCUGAGUUGCUUGGAUCUUUUGAGCAGUACAAUGCUUACAGGAACUUCCACUCUAUCGUCAAGCAAGUUGAGCGCUAUGUAAAUGAGUAUUGCAAUCUGGAAUUAGAUUCCUCUGUUGAUGAAUUUUUCAGCAAGAGAAAAGACCUGAUUACCAAAUGGCUCUGUUUGUCAUCUAAUAUAAGUUCCGGUCAGAUUUUAAAAUCUGAUACUGCAGAUGGUGAAUAUUGGAGGCGAUGUCUAUCUUCGUUAGUUGAUAUUAUUGAACUUCUAGUGUUGGAUUUGGGGAGGUAUAUGCUACCCGUGUCUUGGUCAUUGAACGAUUUAUCUAUAAUUUUGCAAAGAGUUCAGAAGCUACAAGAAAUUCAAAAAGGGAUAACUGUUUCAGUGAAGUUUGAAUGGGCUGCAGGUCUACUAAUAAAGGCAAUUGAGAAUGGAGAAUGGAUUGUCCUUGAGGAUGCUAAUCUCUGCAAUCCAACGGUUCUUGAUCGGAUCAACUCUUUAGUUGAAUCAGAUGGGUCAAUCACUGUAAAUGAGUGUGGAAAUGUGGAUGGAAAACCGUUGGUUCUCUCCCCACAUCCUAAUUUUAGGAUGUUUUUCACCAUUAACCCAAGCCAUGGUGAUGUUUCUCGGGCAAUGAGAAAUAGAGGAAUUGAGAUUGUUAUGAUGCAUCCAUACUGGCUACUUAAGGAAGAUGUCAAGGAGAAGAUCCAGGAGUUUGAAUUAGAUGAUAUUAAGAGCUUUUUAGCUUUAUUUAACAUCCCUAACGGGUUAUUGGUUGAUUCAAUGGCAAAAGCACAUAUGCAUGCUAGGAAUGAAGGUCUGUGCCUUGAUGUUCAAAUUACUUAUCUUGAACUAGGACGAUGGGUUCAAUUAUUUGAACAGCUUUUAAUGACUGGCAAUGAUGUAAUGUGGAGUCUCCGUAGUAGCUGGGAGCAUUCAUAUCUUUCAUCAUUAGGUGAAUCUGCUGGAUGGCAUAUUGUCCAGGAAGGAAAAGCAUCUUAUUUGACGAGCAUCGGUUCUUUAUAUAUUGGGGAAAAGCUCAGUUCAGAGGAUUCUAGUUCAAGGCCGGUGACCGAGGCGUCUAUUGGAGAUUUAUCUCUCUGCUUACCAAGUGGGUGGCCUGCACCUUUGAAACUUAGAGAUUUUGUUUGGCACUCAGUUGAAGUUUCUGUCAGACAGAACUGCAUGUAUCUGGAGUAUCUUGGGGUGCAAUGUGCAUCAUAUGAACUCCACAUUCCCCGACCACAAGUCUACUCCAGUAGCUCCAAGUCAAUAUAUUUGCUGGACAUGAAGAUGUUGCAAAAAAUAAUGUAUCCUCAAGUUCCAAGUGGUCAAGCUGUCACUUAUUUUAUGACAAAGGAAUAUGACAUUUUGCUUACCAAGAAGAAGCUUUUAUUUGCUGCUGAUUGGGUCAUCGAUCAAGUCACGGAAAAGAGUGAUCUUGAGCUUUGUCUUAUGUGGUUUAGCUGGUUUGAUUCUCAGUUGGAGCCCUGCUGCCAAUUCUUUGGCUCUUUGAGGAAUCUACUUAGGAAGGAAUUUGAACAUCCAAUCUGGAAAUGCAUCUUUCAAAGACGCCAUGAGUUGUCACAUCCGAAUGUAGAUGUUAACCUGCAGUCGUUACCGAUCCUUUCUUUGGAGUCUACUGACAUGCUUGCAAACUUGUCUAAACCUUCUGCAGAACAUUUUUCAAAUGCUGUUAGAAGUGUUGGAGUUUUACGACGUAGUCUGUGGCAGUGGAAUACUGAGAUCAAUGAGCACUUCAUUGACGAAACAUUUAGAUUUCUGAUGGAAUCAUUGCGAAAGCUGGAAGAAGAAGUGCUCGAUGUAAUGAUUGAAUCCCCAUCAUUUGAUUGUUUACUCCAAAUGUAUACUGAUCUACUGGAAGAGCACAUCUUGUUUUGGAAUGUUAUUGUGUCAUCAGAGCUUAAAACUCUGCUUGUUCAUUGGCGUUCUUUGAUGAAGAUUGUAUUGAAGUUGAGAGAAUUUGUCCCAGAAGCAGCAAAUAAUUUGUUGAGAAGUUUUGAUAUGAUGUCGAAAAAUCUAAAUAGAAGAUUGCCUUACUCUUUGAACUCCGAGAAGUCAUUGCUAUGGGCACAUGGAGGCCAUCCAUCUUUACCCUGUUCUGUUGAUAUAUGUGAUAAACUCCAGCAACUUGUUGGGUUUGCGAAGCUAGUGUGGCCAAGGAAACAUUUGUGGCAGCAGUUGGAUGAUCGUGUUGUCGAGAUUGCUGUAUCAACAAAUCAAGAACUUCGUUUUCUUUCUAUGCAAGGUGUUUGCAUGACAACUUCGCUAUUUGGUAAAUAUGAAGAUGGGGACAUCGUGAAUAAGUUACAAGAGAUGUAUGAGAUGCUAUUAAGGAGAUUUGAAUGUGAAAGGAAUUCAUUGGAGGCAAAAACCAGAUCUCAGACAUGUGGAUACCCCCUGGCAAAUUCUGCCUGCUGUACUGUCAUCCCUGAAAUUAUUAACUGUAGGCGCGGUUAUGAAACUUGGAUGGAAACUCUUCCUAUAGUUGAUGAGACGAGCCUUUUGCUGGAUUUAUUUUUGCUCCAAGAUUUAUCAGAAAUCGUUCUUUCAGAUCCCAAAGACUUGCAAUUGCUUUUAUCUGGCGCGUGUGAUGAUUUGCAAAAUUCUUUGUGCUUCUCGGUAAAUUUUUCGUCCCGGACUCCCCUAGAUUAUGUACCUCAUCAGGAAUUGUUGUGGAUAGUUGAUGCAUCAACGACUGCACCAGAAGUUGGCCGAAAAAUUGUUAGUUCUGUUCUGGAAAUGUGGUUUAAGUGGCAUUCCUCCUUGUGGAAUUCCUCCAUAGUCUCUGAAAAGGAGCUUCCUGGGACUGUGUCGUAUGAGUUCAUUAUUCCGAAUGUGCUGUUUAAGCCAGUUAAGACAGAUACAGUACAACAUAUGCUGCAAGCUGCAUUUGUUAUGAAGGACUACCGUUUUCAUUGCUUCAAACUCAGGGUUAACUCAUCUAACAUUUGGCGAAGUAUUGUGCCUAAUGCAGACUUGCAUUAUUCUCUUUUGCGUGGUGCUCGUUACCUGUUGUUGCAGAUUAUAUUUGCCCAUAGAAAAUCUUUCAGUGUUGAAAACUUUGUGGCAAUCGAAUCAAGUCUUGUUUUACUUCAAAGAAAUGGCAUCAAGCAAGAUGGCAUUAAUUCUCUGAUUUCACUUCUUGGUUCAUCCCGACAUCAGAAAUUUGUUUCCCUUGUGGAACCAUUUAUCAAACCACUUCUCAAAGAAGUUGAUGAUAUGCACUCGUUUGAGGAAUCGCUGUAUCAAAUAUGCUGCGCCUGGCUAAGACUUGGAGCACUGCGAUUUUAUCUUUUGCUUGCUUGUGAUGAGUUGGAUCCAGCUAUUAAGUAUAAUUCCAAACAUCAGAAGGUGGUGGAUAAAUGUAAAUCACUUGAACUUGAAAAUGAGGUCAGACGUCAUUGUGAUUAUCUGGCGGGGUCAAUUUCAACAAGAGAUUCUGAUGAACAAAGAGCAGAAUUACUGGAAAAACAUGAAUCAGAGUGUAAAAGAUUGCAGAGAAAGAUAAUCCACCGUUCCGAACCUGGAAAAUUUAUCAAAUUGAAGGAUGAGUGCUUCGAGUUCUCUGAGAAUGUUAACUUAGGGUUGAAGCUUUUGCAAGAGUCUGAGCAAAUUGCAAGCUUACCUUCUCUUAUCAGCCAAGCUAGAAAUUGGCAGGCGACAGCAAGCUGCUUCAUUGACCGGUUAUCGGAGGAGUAUGGUAGUUAUGUCGAUAUUAUUCAGCCCAUUCAAGUUGCUAUUUACGAAAUGAAAUUAGGGUUGGCACUGCUUUUAUCAAGUGCCCUUCAGAAGGAUUUUCUUGGUAGAAUGCAAGAAAACAAAGUUGAUCAGAUUCUGGAUGCCAUCUAUUCGUUCAUGAGAUUUCCUCUUGGACAUCCUUUUGAGAGGCAAGUCCAGAUUAAAUUCCAUGUACCUGAGUUCCCCUUCUAUACAGUAGAUUUUUCAGCAUGCACUUGGGUGAACAAGAUGAAUUUGUUGAAGAAGGUUAUUGCAUCAACUGAAGGGGUUGGUGGAGGAAAAAAGGUUACGUCUUUCCGGUUGGAAGCUUCUCUUUUGGAUAAUAUACUAGGGCAUGUUGUGAAACUUGUCAGUAACACAAAGAUGAUGGAUGAUGCAACGUUUUCGAUAGUGCAUAAGAUAUCAAACUUCUUUACGAGGUUGUGGAGCAAUGCAAAAGUUCAAGAGAAAACUGAGAAGGAAAAUGAAACACAAUUGUACAAGUUCAGGCCACGCCCCUUUAAGCUGGACAGUGUAUAUGAGAUUGAUUUGUCAUCUCUGAACAGUUCUUUCUCAGGAGAUAGCUUCACUGAAUGGAAGGAAUUGCUACGUGAUGAAGAUAGUACUCAAGCGAAAGAUGCUACUGAUCAGUCGGAAAGCUCUGGAGAUUGGAAUCUCAUUCCAGAGUCCAUGCUGAAUACCAUGGUGAAUGUGCACAAUCAGUUUUUUGGGUCAAGCAAUCUUAUUGACAGUCUGGGUAUCGUGCAAAUGUCUAAUACAGACAAGUUGGAUUUAUUUGUUAAAUCUUACACUCUUGGAGCAACGUUACUCAAAGAUUUAACUGGAAUAUCUGCUUCCUUCUUGGACGCUAAACUUGCUGGGGAGCAUGUUCUUCGUCUUUGUCUUGAACAUGAACACAUGAAACCUUUGUCCGAUAAGUCCUUCAUUUCACGAAAUUUUUAUAAGGAUCCAAAUCCUUCUGUCGUGGCAAGCAUGGUGGAGUUGCUCAAUGCUCUAAGGCAGAAAGUUUCCUCUUUGUUAGAGCAGAGGGAUGAGCAUCCAGGACUGCAGAAAAUCCUGGAUAUUAUAGAUAUGCUCUUGGGUCUUCCUCCGAGUACAUCUGUUGGUCAGGCUUUGUCCGGCUUGCAAUUCCUGGUUGGCCAAGUGAUAUCGCUGCAGGAAAACGGUGCAAAAUUUCCUCUUACUGAUGAACUUCAAUGUAUUGUUGAUCUUAUAUCGUCGUUUCAAAGAAUGGAGUUUGACGUGUGGAAAACCAUGCUGGAUGAUGUUCUUAUCCAAUUUGAGAUGAAUGCUGUCAAGUUAUGGUUUCCUCUUUACUUGGUUCUGCAUCGAGAAAGCACGACAGAUAUUGCUGAAUAUACUCAAUCCACAUUGCAAAGCUUGGAGGAGUUUAUUCGAACAUCCAGCGUCGGUGAAUUCAGAAGACGUCUGCAGCUUAUGCUUUCAUUUUAUGGACAACUUAAUGUUGGCAUAUGCCUGGGAUCCUAUGUUAGUUAUUCACAAAAGGAAAACAGAGAUGCUUUAUACAAUGUUUUUGGCUUCUAUAUGCAAUCACUACCCGUGGUUAUGAGUCACAUUGCCGCUAGCACUAAAAAGAUAAAAGCAGAAUUGGAAGAACUUUUGAAGCUAUGUGGAUGGGACCGUCCUGAAAGGCUUGCGUCUGUUGAAAUCUCCAAAAGAAAUCGUCAAAAGAUGAAGAAGCUUAUGAAGAAGUACACCGAUGCACUCGAGCAGCCAGUUAUGCUUGUUCUUACUCAGAAACCUGAGCAAAGGGGUUUGAAAACCCAGAAGGUUGACUCCUUGCCUUGCGGGAAUAAAGAACUCUCUUUAUUUGACAUGUCUCAGUUUAAUUACAGUACUACGUGGUAUGAAAAAUGGAGGAAAAAAGUUGAUGUACAGUGCUUUAAUGGUGGAAGAAAAUUGGAUGUUCAGACUUCACUUCUAUACUCUGAUGUGAAUGCCAACAGUCUCACUUACAAGGAAGAAUGGAGUGAAAUAUGGCAUAACUUAGAAAACAUAUGUAGGGCUGUAGCAGAAAGUGCUGAUAUGUGGAAGGAUGAAGGGAAAUCUCAAGUAAAGAUGAGGGCUUUCUCUGAUCUUAUGAAGCUCUUGGAGAAUCAUGGAUUAUCAAAGCACAAAUCUAACCUUCAAAAGCUUUUGGAGUACAGUCCUUUGUUCAUGGCAAAGUCUGCCUUAAUAGAUGAAAAGUUCAAACAGGGAGAAUCAAAUUGGUGGUUUUUUCUUCCAUCCUAUGAUGUACAACAUUUGUUGCUGAAGAAUGACAGUUUGUCUUUCGGAGAAGUUGAUGUCAAUACAUCCAGCCUCUUUAAAAGUUCAAAUUGCAGUAGUGUAGAAGACAAGUGGAGGUUUUCUAAUCAAUACUACUUCAAGAGUUUGGCUUCCGUGAGGCAUUUACAACAGAUAUCUCUUAAUUUUCACAAAGAUUUUAAUCCGGAUCAGGUUAAUCGAUGUAAUAGCUUCCUUGAACACCUUGUAAUGAUACAAAUGGAGCAACGUGCUGUUGCCUAUGAUAUGUCUGGCAAAUUGCAUCACUUAAGGAGAAGUGUACGAUGUUUGAAAAAAUUGUAUUCCGUUUCUCAUUCGGUUGGUGGAGGAAAUACUGAUGAAGUUAAUGUUUCUACUAGCCAACAGAUUCUCUUUAGAUGCAUGUGGCAGCAAAAGGAACUUUUCGAUACUUUCUGUUCUAUGCUGGAUGAAGAAUCCUUGAUGCUAAAAACAGUCAAAAGUACCCAUCUGAGUAACUGUCACAACAUUAAAGAUGCAGCAAAUGGCAUUCUUUUGCUCAUUGAGAAAUUCAGUCCGUUAUUUGAAAAAUCCAAGGUAUUGCUGGAUGACGAACUUCUUGGUGAUGGUAAUUCUACAAUUAAAUUAACAACUUCAAUGCACCCUGUUGUGGUUGCAAAGGAUAUGGAAGUUUUAGUCGUUCGGAACUUUCAACUCAUAAGGGAGUUUCAAGAACAUGUUGUUGCUUUACGCGCGAGAGGAGUAAACAAGAGAUCAGUUGAGGAUGUUCUACUUGGUCAUUUUGCUGAUAUAAUUGAAAAGGGCAACAGUUUAAAAAAUGAGUUCUAUUCUUCAAAAAACUCUGACCAAACUUUAAUUGGUGCCGAAGAUCUUACUGGUCUUAAAGCUGGAAUCAGUGCAUCACUUGGUGAUAUGAUCAAAUAUAUUGGCAAUACACUUCAAGAACUAGGUUCGUGGAGGAACCAGGAUAUAUCUGAUGACGCUUUAUUAGUGAAGAUCACAUCGUGGAAAAUCUUGUUCGAUUCUUUUGCAGCAAAGCUCCAUCUGGAUCUUAUUAGUCAGGAUCUUGAUAAAUUAUUUUCUUACUCUGGAAAACUACCAAAUGUUAGUGAUUUAUCUUUGGAAACUGGUCUACAAUUGAAACAUCUGGUGGAGAUGGUGGGUCUGAUAUUGGCUUUUGGUGAUGAUCUUUUGCUUGAUUUUUUGGCUGUCCAUGAGAUGUUGUCCAUGUUGACUCAUAGGCUAGCAGAGAUAUUUGCUUCACUGUUUUCUGAGGGCUACGGUGUACGGUCCGAAGACGUAGUUGAUGAUACUCGUGGUGACAAGACUCAAGAUGCUAGUGGGACUGGCAUGGGAGAAGGUGCAGGAGUGAAAGACGUGAGCAACGAAAUAACUGAUGAAGAUCAGCUCCUUGGGGACUCUGGAGAGAGAGAAGAGCCAAAUGCAUCAGAUGAAUUACCAAGCAAAAAUGAGAAAGGAAUUGAGAUGCCGGAUGAUUUUGUUGGUACUGAGUACAGUUUGAGUGAGGAUUCUGACGAUGAGAAGGAUGAUAACAAUGGAGAAGAUGAAGAUGACCAAUUAGACAGCGCCAUUGGGAAUACUGGGGACGAUAGUGAAGUAGUUGAUGAAAAGCUCUGUGACAAGGAAGAAGAUCAAAAUCUUGAUAACGCAAAUGAAAAGAAUGAGCCGGGACCUUCAGUGAAAGACAGAGAUCUGAAUAACAGGGAGCUUAGAGCUAAAGAUGAUUCUGCAAAUGAAGAAGGUACAACGGAUGAUGUCACAGAAGCAAACGAAGAUGCAGCUGAUGACAAUGAAAAUAUGGAUACUAGUAAAGAUGGUAUUGAUGACAAAGAGAAUACGGAUUCAAUGAAUAUCGACCAAGAAGAGGCUCGUGCUGACCCCACAGACAUUGAUCUCCAAGAGCCAAAUGAAACUUCUGUUGAAGACGAGAAAAUGGAGACAGACCCGGACAAUAUCAUGGAAGAAGAUGAUAGGAGGGACAAUGAUAUGGAUGAAGAUGCAGAAGAUGCUGACCCUGAAGAUGAGACUGUAGCUCAGGCAGAAUCUAACAUGUUGACUGAAGAAGCUGAUGAUGAUUCACAGAAUAAAAAUGAGAAGGAUGGUGAUAAUGAUCUGACAGCACCAACAAAGGAGUUCAAUGAGCAAGGGAAUUCUGACUUGUUAAGUGAUCAAGUUCCUAACACACAGCCCAUGUCACAGACAAUGAAUGAAAUGCAAAAUGCAGAAUCUAGAAGUACAGCACUUGAAAUGCAGUGCUCUAUGAAUAGUGAUAUGCAGAAUGACCUUGCCUCGUCUGAAAACUCCAUCCAGGUGGAAAGGCAGUUCGGCAACUCAUCAAAGGGUAAAUUAUCCGAUGAUCCACCACAGUCCAUGCCACAGGAAGAUCUGUCUGCCCUUCAGAAAAAUCAGCCGAACCCACUACGCAACAUUGGGGAUGCACUUCAAGACUGGAAGGAAAGAGUUAAAGUGUCUGCUGAUAUUCCACAAAGGGAUGACGAAACGGUAGAUGAUAUGGAGGAUCAAGAAGAAGGUGAAUUUGGGUUUACAUCUGAAUUUGAUCAGGGAACGGCUCAGGCAUUAGGAUCUGCAAUGCCGGAUCAGACGGAGCAUAAUAUUGUCCAUGACAAGCCUGAUGGGGAUGGGCAUACUGCUCAGGAGAAAGAAGUUGAGGAGCUCCAUGAUGAGGAUUCUAAUGCUGAGAACACCAUCCGCAGUCUACCAGUUUCCACGAGCAGGGUUGAUGAGAAGAUCAAUAUUUCUAAUUCUCGUGAGGAGUUGUCUGUAGAAGAUGUUCAAGAAGCUAAGGGAAGGAUUGAUGGUAGUCCUCUGGAGAGUUUAGUGUCUGUGAAGAAGUCUUACAUGACUCAGGAAAUGAAUCAGUUAAGUGAAGUUUCAGCUAACGAUGAUGAACCAGGGAAAGUUCAGAGUCUUGUUCAGCAACUCGGCGAGAUGAAUGUGAAUGCUGGAGCUCUUUGGAGAAAGUAUGAACUCCGUACAAUGAGGCUGUCUCAGGAAUUGGCCGAGCAGCUACGUUUAGUCAUGGAACCUACACUGGCUAGCAAGCUUCAAGGGGAUUACAGGACUGGCAAAAGGAUCAAUAUGAAGAAAGUAAUUCCAUAUAUUGCUAGUCACUAUCGGAAAGAUAAGAUAUGGUUGAGGCGUACCAAACCUAAUAAACGUGAUUACCAAGUUGUGAUCGUGGUGGAUGAUUCCCGCAGUAUGUCUGAAAAUUGCUGUGGCGAUUUUGCCAUUGAAGCUUUGGUCACCGUGUGCCGUGCCUUAUCUCAGCUUGAGGUUGGGAAAUUAGCUGUCACGAGCUUUGGGAAGGAAGGGAACAUCAGGUUACUGCAUGACUUUGAUCAGCCCUUAACUGGGGAAGCUGGAAUGAAGAUGAUCUCAAGCCUGACAUUUAACCAAGAGAAUACUUUAAGAGAGGAGCCUAUGGCUGAACUCCUUAAAUAUUUGAACAAUAUGCUAGAACAGGCUGUGGCUAAUGCAAGAUUGCCUUCUGGACAAAAUCCAUUGCAACAACUUGUUUUGAUUAUUGCUGAUGGUCGGUUUCAUGAUAACAAGGAAAAGGUGAAGCGCUUCAUGAGAGACCUGUUGAAUCGAAACUGUAUGGUGGCGUUUAUAGUUUUGGAUAGUGCUCAAGAAUCCAUUGUCGACUGCAAGGAUUAUAUAUUCAAGAAUGGAAUACUGCAGAAGGCUGUUCCUUAUCUGGACUCUUUCCCUUUCCCAUACUACAUUGUUCUGAGGAACAUUGAAGUGCUCCCUAGAACACUAGCUGAUCUCAUGAGACAGUGGCUCGAGCUGAUGCAGCAAUCAAGAGACUAGUUGAGCAUUUCACAUGGCAUUGAUUUUUUUGAUGCAGCAAUUUAUUGUGGGAAGGCUUUCUGUACAUAAACUGAGGUUUUGAGAUUAAAUUAUAUACUAAAAUUGCUAUUUGUUUAUUGUACAAAUAGAAAAGUUUUGAGGUGCUCAUAUAAAUCAUAGUAUGCGGGAAUGUAAAUAGGAAAGAGUGUCAUCUUUAUGUGUUUGUAACAUGAUGUUCCUUCUCUUAUGCCCUUAUCUUCCAUCAAUUAAAAAAAUGCCCUUAUCUUGCUCCCUC